GGUGGAACACCAAAUCAGGAAAUACCUUUCUGGGUUGGAAUCCAAUUCCGUUCACAAUCAUAAUUUGUUUUAAAAUGACAACAAAUUCGAUAAAACAAGCUAAAGAUCUUCUUAGAAGAGAAAUGAAAUCAAGACUGACAAAAUUAUUAGACGAUCAGAAAGCUCACCAGUCUUUAGAGGUGACUCAAAAAGUGUUGGCAAAUGAAAGUUAUAUGAAGAGCAAGAGGGUUUCCAUAUUUCUGAGUAUGAUUGAUGAAAUUAACACCCAGUCUAUUGUUCGGGAUAUUUUGAAAAGCGAAAAAACUUGUUUUAUUCCUUAUUAUCAUGGACCAGAAAUGGCAAUGUUGCAGUUGAAAUCGUGGGAUGACUAUGUAAAUCUUCCCGAAACAAAAUGGAAAAUAAAGCAGCCACUGCAUAAGACCGGUCGUGAUGAUGCUUUGAAAACCGGUGGACUCGAUUUAAUUUUCAUUCCAGGUUUAGCGUUUACCAUAGAUGGUGCUAGGUUAGGUCGUGGUAAAGGAUAUUAUGACAAAUACCUACAAGAAUGUAAAAAUCAGGGUUACAAUCCUGUGACCAUUGGAUUGGCUUUUGAUGAACAGAUUUGUUCAGAUAUUCCAGUGACCAAUGAAGAUUUUGUAUUAAAUGGAGUCAUCAGCCCUUCAUGCUCUUGUUGAUAAAAAAAAAAAAUGUUGUUAAGAUUGUUUUGUUGGCAAUAUGAAUAAAAUUCUUUUGAAUAA